UUUUGGUUCUAGUAAAAGGGGAAGUUGCAAGAAGAAAGAAAAAGGAGGAGACGUGAUCGGGGUUGUUGAAAUUAUUUGUAUGUUCAACAAUACGUAUCUGUCCGCACUGCGACCUUUAUUUUGUGUAUAGACUCGUGUGUGGUAUUCUGUGUUCGUCAACCGCCUGGCAUUCAGCUGAAGCCCUGACAGCAUAGUCAGACGUGCGGGACAAACACUGACCGGGGGAUCUGACUAGGCCAUGGCCAACAGGGGAGGAGCUACGAGACCCAACGGGUCUAACGCUGGUAACAAGAUCUGCCAGUUCAAGCUGGUACUUCUGGGGGAGUCGGCGGUGGGCAAGUCCAGCCUGGUGCUACGCUUCGUCAAGGGACAGUUCCACGAGUUCCAGGAGAGCACCAUUGGAGCGGCCUUCCUGACCCAGACAGUGUGUCUAGACGACACGACGGUGAAGUUUGAGAUCUGGGACACGGCAGGACAGGAGCGCUACCACAGCCUGGCGCCAAUGUAUUACAGAGGGGCGCAGGCCGCCAUCGUGGUCUACGACAUCACAAAUGAGGAGUCAUUUGCGCGGGCCAGGAACUGGGUGAAGGAGCUGCAGAGACAAGCUAGCCCCAACAUUGUCAUCGCCCUGUCUGGCAACAAGGCUGACCUCGCCAGCAAGAGAGCCGUGGACUUCCAGGAUGCCCAGUCAUAUGCAGACGACAACAGCUUGCUCUUCAUGGAGACGUCGGCCAAGACGUCUAUGAAUGUGAACGAGAUAUUCAUGGCUAUUGCGAAAAGAUUGCCCAAGAGCGAGCCUGCGGCCACUGGAGCUAACAGCGGGCGGAACAGGGGCGUCGACCUAACGGAAACCGCCCAGCCAACUAAGGCCCCCUGCUGCAGUACUUAAAGCGAAAUCCUUUCCCCCCCACACUGCAGUAACUAAUGUGAUGACCCCCGCCCGCCCGCCC